GCGUCCGCGGCGGCCCGGAGGCUGAGGCGGCUGAGGUGGCUGAGGUGGCCGCUGGGGCUGAGGCGGCGGGUGCGGCCGGGAUGGCGAAGAGCCGCGGAGAGAACGGGCCGCGCGCGCCGGCGGCCGAAGGGAGUCUGUCGGGGACCCGGGAGAGCCUGACCCCGGGCUCCGACGCCGCAGCCGCCGACGAGCUCAGCUCUCUCGGCUCGGACUCGGAGGCCAACGGCUUCGCCGAACGCCGCAUCGACAAGUUCGGCUUCAUCGUGGGCUCGCAGGGCGCCGAGGGCGCGCUAGAGGAAGUCCCCCUGGAGGUGCUGAGGCAGAGGGAGUCCAAGUGGCUGGACAUGCUCAACAACUGGGACAAAUGGAUGGCCAAGAAGCACAAAAAGAUCCGUCUGCGGUGCCAGAAAGGCAUCCCACCUUCUCUGCGGGGCCGUGCUUGGCAGUACCUGUCAGGAGGCAAGGUGAAGCUACAGCAGAACCCUGGGAAGUUUGAUGAGCUGGACAUGUCCCCUGGGGACCCCAAGUGGCUGGAUGUGAUUGAACGUGAUCUGCACCGGCAGUUCCCUUUCCAUGAGAUGUUUGUGUCCCGGGGAGGCCAUGGCCAGCAGGAUCUAUUCCGUGUGCUGAAGGCCUAUACCCUUUACCGACCUGAGGAGGGCUACUGCCAGGCCCAGGCGCCCAUUGCUGCUGUUCUGCUCAUGCACAUGCCUGCUGAGCAAGCCUUCUGGUGCCUGGUGCAGAUUUGUGAGAAGUACCUGCCUGGCUACUACAGUGAGAAACUGGAGGCAAUCCAACUGGAUGGGGAGAUCCUCUUCUCACUGCUGCAGAAGGUGUCACCUGUGGCCCACAAGCACCUCAGCCGGCAGAAGAUCGAUCCACUGCUGUACAUGACAGAGUGGUUCAUGUGUGCCUUUGCCCGCACCCUGCCCUGGAGCUCUGUGCUGCGCGUCUGGGAUAUGUUCUUCUGUGAAGGAGUCAAGAUCAUCUUCCGGGUGGGGCUGGUGCUGCUGAAACAUGCGUUGGGCUCCCCUGAAAAGCUCAAAGCCUGUCAGGGCCAGUACGAGACUAUCGAGCAACUGCGGAGCCUCAGCCCCAAGAUCAUGCAGGAGGCCUUCCUGGUCCAGGAGGUGGUAGAGUUGCCAGUGACAGAGCGCCAGAUUGAGCGUGAGCACCUCAUUCAGCUGCGGCGCUGGCAAGAAACCCGGGGUGAGCUGCAGUGCUGUUCCCCGCCCAGGCUGCAUGGUGCCAAGGCCAUCCUGGAGGCAGAGCCAGGUCCCCGGCCCACCUUGCAACCUUCACCAUCCAUCCGCCUGCCCCCAGAUGCCCCCCUCCCUGGUUCCAAAGGCAAGCCCAAGACACCCAAGCAGAGCCAGAAGGAGAAGGAGCAAUGGGAACAGGCAAAGGCAAGUGGGCAGCUGGAUAAGCUCCCAACCCCAAGUCAAGCCAAGGGGGCAGCUACUGCAGGAGAUGCGUGUCGCCCACAGGAUGUGCCCCCCAGGGAUGCAGCCCACCAAGAUCCAGCCCUUCAGGACUCAGCCUCCCAGGAUCCAGCCCAUCACCGCUCCCAGGAUUCAGUUCACCACUGCUCCCAGGAGAGUCUGACCUCCCAGGAGAGUGAGGAUACAUACUUGUAACCCCGGCAGCUCAGGCCUGUGGGGUGAGGCUCCACACACCCCUGGGGCUCACAGACUGACAGCCAAGGGCCUGCCCAUGCUGAUGGCCCAGCUGCCCGGCCCUGUGUGGCAGAGAGUCUGGCCGGCCCAGCACAGACUCUGCCUGAGCCUUUUUAUUUAUUUCCUCCCGAGUGGAGCUUGGGCUAGCCCGCUGGGGCCGGGGGAGGUGAGGGCCAGUGAGCAGGGCCUCACUCAGCCCCUCUUCUUGGGGGAUGCUCCCUAGGGCUGGGGUGCUGUGGUGAGGGGGGAAAGGGGGGUGUUCUUUAUGUAAAAUAGAAACAUGGUUUUGUACAGAAAUAAACCGGCUUGUGUAGAGAGUUGGUGUGCAGCAAGGGACCGGUAAGGGGAGCCACCUGGCGCUCAGCAGCUCUCCUCUGUGCCCUAGACCCCCCAGCCCAGAACCAGAGCUCUCUGAGAAGGCUUUUGCCAUAGGCCAGUCCUUAUUCUGGACCCCGUUUUCCCUUAACCCAUCACCUCCGCCCCGUGUCUACCAGUCUGCCAUAGAUGAGAGACUACAGCCUCUUAGAUGCUCCAGUGCUAGCACUGUAGCCCACAGAGCCUCAGCCCAAUGCCGGAGCAGAGCAACGCCUGCUUCCCAGGCUUUGAUACCUACUCAUCUCUGAGGAGGAGGGGCUCCUUAAGGAGGUGUUUUCAGGGCCUCACCUGGGUUCCACUUCAGACCCCAGUAGGGUUCUGAGUGUUCAUUUUGAGUUGCGAGCUGGUGCCAGGGGUGAGAGACCAUGAAUGCCCUUACAUGGUGAGUUCAGGCCUCCAUUGGACACAGAGGGGUGAGGGAAGAAGUUUGGGUCUUUGAUGAAAGGCUACCUGCCGCUUCCUGAGCACUUAGCAUGUGCCAGUCUGGGCUGGUUGGGUCACCAGCUGAUCAGAUAGGCUCUAUUAUUAUCCCCAUUUUACAGAUGAGGAAACAGAGGAGCUGAAUGGGAAAGAUGAAUCUGGUCAAUUUGCACCUAGAGCCCCCUGUGACCAGGGUGCCUGGUGACCUGGCAAUGCCACUGAGGGCCCAGGCAGGCACUAUGGUCACGACCUGAUGACUGUCAAGGGUAAGGACACGGUGUCCCUGGGAAAGGCCCCCCUUCUGCUGAGGAAGCAGCUUUUCCAGUCAAACAAUAGCGGCUGUUCCUGGCAGGCUACCAAGCUGGGCUGGGCCAUGGUGGAAGGGAGUGGGAGAGGGAGGAGUAGAGCCUCCCUAGGAGUUUUCAGGCCUCACAGGGCCUGGGCCUGGAACACCCUGUCAUGAUACAUCUGGGGAUACUGAGGCCUAGGGAGGUCAAGUGUCAUGUGAGUCUAUCAGGGCAGGCUACCCACUUCCUGCCUUCUACCCCUCACUUCUGUGGUUUCCCACCCCAUUUAUACCUGCCACGAGAGGCUUUGAGGACACUCCCCUCCCCCUGGCUCUCCAGGGGACAGGCCAGGAUGUGGCAGCUGCAGUGUUCCUUGAGCCAGAGAGGCCAGGGAGGGAGGGUGCUGCCCAGCUUCCACCCGCCUACAGUAGAGGUUUCUGAGCAGGCAGGAGGCUUGUGUAGGCCUGCUGGGUCCCAGUCAGGCCUGAGGCCGGCUUUAACCUGUUUGGUUCAAAGCCUCAGAUCUGAAGCCUGAGGAUGCUCAGGCCAGACAAGGGCCCCCCAGAGCAUGCUCUGUCCUGCUACAGGACCAGUCUAGGUGUGCUGAUUAUCUGCUUAAAACUGAGCAGAACCCAGUUCUAAUGUUGAAAUGAGCCCAAGUUGGUCUUAUAAGCCUCAGAUCUGGGGCAUCUGCCAAUGCCCGGGGCCUCCAUGGGCAUGAAGCAAGCUUACAUGUGCUCAGGCCAACUGGGUUCUGCUAAUAGGCUGCAGGCUUUGGGAGGCUUCAACAGGGCUCAAGUCUCAGGUCUGAGAUCUGAGUACCCAGUGAGCCCCAGACACAUGGGCCUGUCCCCUGAAGUCAGCCUUGAGCAUCCCUGGCCCAAGCACUUAGUCUUGAAGGGUCUCAAGCCAUAAGCCUGACCACCUUCAUUCCCCUACCCCACAGUAUGUUGCUCAGAUAUAAGUGGCUGGCCCUCCCCAAAUCUGUACCCUAGUGUGUAAGCGCCUUCUUCCUCCAUAAGGAGAAGGGGGGGGAGAAAGGCGGCAGGACCCUUUGUCGGGAGAGAAUCUCAGCAUCACCGGGGCUGCACAGCCUACCCCUCCAUGCUCCAGGGUUUUCUGGGCAGCACUCUGGUUCCAGCUGAGCCCCGAUUCGCCUCGCAGCCCUUUGGAGCUUCAAGGUUAUCAAUUAUUAGACCUAUACGGGGGCCUGAAGGACAGAAACAAUUCCAAGACCUCCCUCCUGCUUCGGACCCUAGCGAGGAAGGCGACCCGCGGAAAAGGCGGAGCCCGGGGAGGGGGCGCGGCAUGGGCGGGGCCUGAAGGACCCCCUGGGGUGGGAUCAGCCCGUGAUUCCCCGAAGCCAGGCUGAGAGGGCGGAGUCACCAGGGGCGGGCUCUGCGGGCAGGAACGUGAGGAUUGAGGCUCUGGC